AUGGGGGGUGAGUCUGAAGAAAUUCCAGAAAUGCUCUUUGGGAGAACCAACGUUUCGUCAGCUGGUGGAGAGGAUUUUCGAGACCUGCAACGAUACAGAGAUAUGUUUUUUGUGGGGCUAGCAAAACGCCUAUGGUUCCGUAGGAAGGACUUUGUUCAUGAGGGAAAUUUUACCCAUCCCAAUGCUUUAGUCCAACAAGUUCUACUUUCACGUCUGGAACACACUGAGGCCAACGCUUUAGUAGCCGGCCCUCUCAGAGUGGAAACUAUUCCUAGGUGGGAGGCCCCUGGCCGGGAUAUGUGGAAAUUGAAUUGGGAUGCAGCUUUAUGCUCGAAGAGAGGUUUAGCUGGGAUGGGAGUGGUGAUCCGAAAUUCUGAUGGGGACGUAGUGGCUGUGCGGUGUAUGACUAAACAGGGGCUCACUAACCCUUUGGUUGCAGAAGCAUGGGCGGGGGUGCAAGCUUUAAUUUUUGGGAGGGAAAUGGAUCUCAACCAUAUUGUGCUGGAAGGCGAUGCGAAGAUAGUUGUGGACGCUCUCCUUCUUACCGAACCCAACUGGAGUAAGAUAGGCCAUCAAAUUGCAGAUAUGAAGAUGUUGUUAGAUGCAUUUCCUAGCUGGUCUGUCCGAGCAGUGGGUCGUGCAGUGAAUAAUGCUGCUCAUGUUAUUGCUCGUAUGGCUGUGAAGGACAAUAUAGAGAGAACAUGGAGGGGCUGUUACCCGAAAUGUAUUCAUGAUAUUAUCCGGAAGGAGUGCUCAACUCCUUCCUUUGAUUGA